AUGGCAGUGCAGGUUCAGCCCGAUGGCACACUCGUGUCUCGCGUUCACAGCAGAAUAGGCCUGCUGGGCAACCCCAGCGAUGGAUUCGAGGGCGCCUGUGUCUCUCUAAGCUUGGCCAACUUCUACGCCGAGGUGACGCUGGCGCCCUCCGCCAAGCUGCGCUUCCUGCCCAACCCCGAGUGCGACCCGCUGGAGUUCGGCAGCCUGGCAGCCUGCGCCUCCCACAUCCGCGGCUGCGGCUACUAUGGCGGCCUCAGGCUGCUGCAGGCCAUGGCCAAGCGGUUCCUCGAGCACUGCCAGGAGCGGGGCAUCCGCCUGCCGCCAUCAGCCGGCAACUUCAGCCUGGCGUACCGGACCACCAUCCCGCGGCAGUGCGGCCUCAGCGGCUCCUCUGCCAUCGCCUGCGCCGCGCUCAACUGCCUGCUGCGCCACUACGGCGUGGAGGGGGCGGUGCCGCCGCCGCAGCGGCCGCAGCUGGUGCUGAGCGCUGAGCAGGACCUUGGGAUCACAGCGGGGCUGCAGGACCGUGUGGUGCAGGUGUAUGGCGGCCUGGUGGCGAUGGACUUCUCCCAGGCGGCCAUGCGGCAGCGUGGGUACGGGCGGUACGAGUCGCUGGACCCCGCCCUGCUGCCGCCGCUGCACCUCAUCUACCGCAGGGCGGCGGCGCCAGGCAAGGACAGCGGCAGGGUGCACUCAGACGUCAAGCAGCGCUGGCUGGCGGGGGACGAAAGCGUCAGGCGCCUGAUGCAGCAAGUGGCGGCACUGGCGGAACAAGGCGUGAAGGCGCUGCGGCAGCGGGACGCGCACCGCCUAGCUCUGCUCAUGAACGAAAACCUUCGGCUGCGGCGGUUGAUGUAUGGGGAUGCUGUGGUGGGAGCCGACAACCUGGCUAUGGUGAAGGCGGCAGCGUCGGUCGGAGCUGCAGCCAAGCUGACGGGCAGCGGCGGCGCGGUGGUGGCGCUGUGCCCCGAGGGACCGCACCAGGCGGAGAGGUUGUGGCAGGCGUGUGAGCAGCGGGGGCUUGCGUGCGAGGAGGUGGUGGUGGGGCCCGCGCUGCAUGCGGCUGUUCCAUAG